UUCCUCGUUUCUUCUCUUCCAGCGCAUUCGCCUUCGAUCUCUGAUCUAUCCUCUUCGUUGCAAGACCUCUCUUUAGUUUAUUAGGAAAAAUCAAGAUUUGCUUUAGCUAUGGGUCAAUCACCAUCUCAAUUUAUGGAGGACAUGCAACGGCGGUCCAAUUUCAAUCAUUCUGAGCUGGAACGACUGAAGAAACGGUUCAUGAAAUUGGACAGCGAUGGAUCUGGAUCAAUAGAUCGUGAGGAGUUUCUGCGAAUUCCACAAAUCGCAUCGAACCCCCUGGCAUCACGGAUGAUCGCGAUAUUCGAUGAAGAUGGUGGAGGCACAGUCGACUUUCAAGAAUUCGUAGGCGGGUUGAGCGCUUUCAGUAGUCGAGGUGGAAGAGAGGAAAAGUUACGAUUCGCAUUCAAGGUGUAUGAUGUUGAUCGAGAUGGAUACAUAUCAAACGGGGAGCUUUUUUUGGUACUGAAGAUGAUGGUUGGUAACAACCUGAAGGACCAACAACUACAGCAGAUCGUAGAUAAAACAAUAAUGGAAGCCGAUAAGGACGGUGAUGGAAAGCUGGAUUUUGAGGAGUUUGCAAUGAUGGUUUCAAAUACGGACAUCGUGAAGCAAAUGACAUUGGAAGACUUGUUCUAAUCGCUACUCCGCUGUACAUGUACAUAUUUACCUGUUUCCUCUCUUUUGCUAAUGAGGGCCGUAAUAUCUACAUACGUAGUCUCCCCUAGGCAGACCAACGCAAGACAAUUUUGCGUAAUUAGAAUAUAUUCGAGGACCAGCGAAUGGAUGUUUUAACGAUACCGAACUGGCGCGAUUUGGAAACCAAUCCGCUC